AUCCACAAGUAAAAAGAGUAACAAAAUAGUUUUCCUUUCUAUCGUUCUCCUCUGCUUGAAAGAGUAGAACAGCAUAUUUGGCCAGGUCAGGUGAUUGAUACGAACAGCAAAAACACAGCUCUACUUUUAGUAUAUAAGAGAAAGUGUGAGAUAGAUAUUAGAUCAAGCCCUAGCAAUGGAGGAGAAGCUGAUUCAAAGAUUGGAGUCGGCAGUGGCUCGUCUGGAAGCGCUUUCUCUUGGAUUCCGUCCCGGGAGUUCGUCGGAAGAUGGCGCAGAUGCACCGGUUGAUCCGGCAAUCGUUGCUUAUGAUGAUUUCGUGGCAAAAUUCCUCGGUAGAGUCUCUGCCGCUGCGACAAAGAUCGGAGGAAAGGUUCUAGAAAUAUCGAAGAUCCUCGAGGAGGCAUUCUCUGUUCAGAAGGAGUUUCUUGUUAAAGCCAAGCAAUGUCAGAAACCUGACAUUGGAGGCAUGGCGGAAUUUCUCAAGCCACUGAAUGAAGUGAUCAUGAAGGCAAAUGCAUUGACUGAAGGAAGACGAUCUGAUUUCUUCAACCACUUCAAGGCUGUUGCUGACAGUCUCACAGCUUUAGCUUGGAUUGCAUACUUAGGCAAAGACUGUGGUAUGAGUCUUCCUAUCACACAUGUGGAAGAAAGUUGGCAAAUGGCAGAGUUCUACAACAACAAGGUUCUCGUGGAGUACAAAAGUAAAGACCCUAAUCAUGUGGAGUGGGCUAAAGCUCUAAAGGAGCUUUACAUGCCAGGCUUGAGGGAUUAUGUUAAAAGUUUUUAUCCUUUGGGCUCUGUAUGGAAUCCUACUGGAAAAACAGCUACUACCCCUGUAUCAGCUCCAUCAAAAGCUUCCCCAAUAAAUGCCCCUGCCCCUCCACCUCCUCCACCCACUUCUCUCCUUACGCCUGAAUCUUCUGGCACUUCAUCAUCGCGUUCAAAGGAAGGGUUGGCAGCAGUAUUUCGAGAAAUCAAUUCAGGGAAGCCUGUGACUGCUGAUCUAAGAAAGGUAACGGAUGAUAUGAAGACAAAGAACCGUGCUAAUAGAACUAGCAUUGUUGGUUCCAGUGAAAAAGAUGCACGCACUAGUUCUCCAUCAUUUUCUAAGGCAGGACCUCCAAAGUUGGAGCUUCAAAUGGGUCGCAAGUGGGUGGUUGAGAAUCAAAUUGGGAGAAAGAACUUGGUUAUUGAUGAUUGUGAUGCAAAACAAUCUGUAUAUGUUUUUGGGUGCAAGGACUCUGUUUUGCAAAUCCAAGGGAAAGUGAAUAAUAUAACAGUUGACAAGUGCACUAAGAUGGGGAUUGUAUUCACGGAUGUUGUAGCAGCUUGUGAGAUCGUGAACUGUAAUGCUAUUGAGUUGCAAUGCCAGGGCUCGGCUCCAACAAUUUCAGUGGACAAUACAGGAGGCUGCCAAUUAUAUCUGAGUAAAGAGUCUCUGGGGGCUUCUAUAACAACUGCUAAGUCAAGUGAAAUAAAUGUAUUAGUACCUGGUGGUGGCCUUGAUGCUGAUUGGGUGGAACAUUCAUUGCCGCAGCAGUUUGUUCACACACUUAAGGAUGGGCAGUUUGUGACAUCUCCAGUCUCUCACUCUGGGGGUUAAUUGCGAAACAAGCUUCCAGGUUGCAGUUAGGUUCCCUUUUCUCCUGUCUCAAUUGUGUGUUGGGUGAAGGCGGCUUUCUGUUUGCUUUAUUUUUGUCUUGUGUCCAUUAAGCUCGGUUGUGUGUAUACGAAUGUAUCUUGUAAUCCUUAGGUCAUGUUCUUAUUAUUCUUUUGAAUUUUGAUUGAUCCGACUGUUGUAAUAUUUAUUCCUAAUGUUCUUGGGAGAGUUGGGUUUGUAAUUGUACUUGGUCUCUUUGCUGAGUUGUCCGGUAGUGACGCUUGUGGCAUAAUAAGUUGCACAUUGGGUUGUUGCCUUGUCAGCA